GCUGUUUGGCCGAGCUUAGGAGCGUAUCGAAGACUUCUGUUCAUCUGUAGUUUUUUGUGGGGUCAUUUGUAUCUGAGUGAACCAUGUGUUGGCAUGGUGACGAGGAGGACGAGGACAGCUCGGAGAGUGACCCAGGUGAGCUGUCGGUUCUGGAGCAGCUCGGCCUCGACCAGAACUCUGAUUUCUCCGAUUCCAGUGUGCAGCAGCUUCUGGACGAGCAGCGUGAAAGGAUCCGCAGAGAGAUUCGUAAGGAGCUGAAAAUCAAGGAAGGAGCUGAGAACCUACGGAGGGCGACGACUGACAAGAGGAACGCACAGCAGGUGGACAGCCAGCUGCGUUCUUCUAACCGCAAGCUGGACAACCUUCACGCUCAGCUGCAAGAACUGGAUGCUCACAUUGUGGUGAAGGGAGGAGAGGAGAAUAAAGAUGAGUGUCCUCAGUCUCCAGGGGCCGAGAGUCGCUCCUCAGCCCACAAGGAUCGCAUCGCUGCCCUGGAGAGACAGCUCAACAUCGAGCUCAAAGUCAAACAGGGAGUUGAAAACAUGAUCCCUAUCUACGCUAAUGGAUCCACCAAGGAUAAGAAGAUGCUGCAGACGGCCCAGCAGAUGCAGCAGGACAGUAAGACCAAAAUUGACAUCAUCCGCAUGCAAAUCCGCAAGGCUGUGCAGGCCACCGAGCACAAUGACGACACACAGGGUAACCAGGACCUUUGUGGGAUGGAGCUGCGUCUUGAGGAGCUGAGGCAUCACUACAGGGUGGAGCACGCUGUCGCUGAGGGGGCCAAAAACGUGCUCCGGCUCCUGGGGGCCAACAAGGUCCAGGACAAGAAAGCCCUGUCUGAGGCGCAGUCUCGUCUGAGCGAGGCGUCUCAGCGGUUAGACCUGCUGAGGGACUCUCUGGACCAGCGUCUGGCGGAGCUGCCCGAGGACCAUCCCAAGGCCAGUGUCAUCAAAGAGGAGCUAGUCCUGGCCUCCUCCCCCAUCUUCAGCUCUCGCCACGGUGCCCCCUACCUCCACAACCAGUACAGCACCCUCAACAAGCCCUCGCCUCUCACUGGUACCUUACAGGUGCAGGUGGUGGGCUGUGUGGGGUUGUUGGAGGUGGUUCCAGGUCGCAAUAAAGGGACCGCCGUCAUGCUGCCCUGCUACAGUCCCGGAGACACCAGGUCCUUCAUGAGAGGCAGCAAGGGGCUCUACGGACGCAGCGGCUCAGUCAGCGGGAAGACGCCCAGCAAGACAGACGAGCUCUCCUCUGAGGUGAGUGCCGUGCUGAAGCUGGAUAACACUGUGGUGGGCCAGACACUGUGGAAGACUGUGGGAGAACAGGCUUGGGACCAGACCUUCACUGUGGAGCUGGAAAGGACGAGGGAGAUGGAGAUCGCAGUCUACUGGAAGGACUACCGCUCGUUGUGUGCUCUGAAGUAUCUGAAGCUGGAGGAGUUCCUGGACAAUCAGAAACACCGAGUUCAGCUGGAGCUGGAGCCUCAGGGCGUGCUGCUGGCGGAGGUGACCUUCUUCAACCCGGUCAUCGAGAGAGUUCCUCGCCUCCAGAGGCAGAAGAAGGUCUUUUCUAAGCAGCAAGGCAAGGCGUUCCUCCGGGCUCGUCAGAUGAACGUGGACAUCGGGACUUGGGUGAGGCUGCUUCGAAACGCCAUUCCCACCGUCAACAACUCAGGAACCUACAGUCCCAACGCACACAGCCUAACGCUCAACUCCGGGGAGGUCUCAGUGGAGAAGUUGAGUCUGGACAGCGACUCUCCGAUAAGAGGCGAUUUCAAGAGAGAAACGGACGCACAAACCCCGGACCAACUGCCAGUCAUCGAGCCCUUCUCCCCCCCAGACCUCAACCCCGAGUGCCCUGUCCGAACCCCAUCUGUUGGCAGUAGGCAGAGGAAAGGUCCUCUGUCCCUCCAGGACUUCAGGCUGAUCGCUGUGUUGGGGAGGGGACAUUUCGGGAAGGUGUUGUUGUCGGAAUACAAGAAGACGGGCACGAUGUACGCCAUCAAAGCCCUGAAGAAAGGAGAUAUCGUAUCGCGAGAUGAGGUGGAAAGUCUAAUGUGCGAGAAGCGCAUCUUUGAGGUUGUGAACCUGUCGCACCAUCCCUUCCUGGUCAACCUGUUUGCGUGCUUCCAGACCUCAGAGCACGUGUGUUUUGUUAUGGAGUACACAGCAGGAGGCGACCUGAUGAUGCACAUCCACACGGACGUCUUCACAGAGCCGCGAGCCGUGUACGUAACGUCUGUAUAUAUAUAUAUGUGUGUGUGUGUGUGUGUGUGUGUGUGUGUGUGUGUGUGUGUAUGUGUGUGUGUGUGUGUGUGUCUGUCAUAUACUGUACAGGGGGAGACUGGUGCACUAACACAAGACAGGAGCCAAGCAAUAAAACCAGCUGGCUCAUCCGUCUACUCCGUGAAUCGACUCGCUGUGGGCCUGUAUCAGGAAGUGAACCCAACGUAGUGGUGAACAUGAGCCGCUGAACAUCCUGAAUAACUGGUGUCACACAGCUGCUUUACAACUGGCUCUGUUAACUCUGGGUUUUCCAACACAGACAUGAGUGUGUUCAUGUGAAAGAGCUCUUAAUCACAAGUCAAUCAAAUGUAACAUUAUCAAUUCAUGAGAAAAGUACUUAAUAUGACACGAGAUGGUCAUUAGGUCAUUAUUGAGCGAGGUGAAAUACAAUUAGGGCUGCACAACUAAUCAAAAUUGUAUCGAGAAAACGCAAUAUGGUCUACUGCAAUUUUUCAAAUCACAGAAGGUACAAUAUUUGUUAAUGUGUGCCAGAAUAUCAUUUUAAAUAUUGUGGUGCUGCAGAGAUGUCCUGGCCUACACAUCAUAUUCAACUUAAGAAAACAUCUUUGUUUGCUACGGAUCCCAAAAAAAACACUAUAAUCAUUUUAAUAUGUUCCCUCUAAUAUCACAAAUCAUAUCGCAAUUGCAAUAUCAGUCAAAAAUAAUAUUCGCAAUUAGAUAUUUUUUCAAAAUUGUUCACACUUAAAAUUCAUCCAAUCAUCAAACAACCAGAGUUGAAAAAGUAGGUUUACGGUAUUUUUUUAUUUAGCGUUUGGCCUCUGAAGAUAACCUGCACUUUAGGUUACCAUGGUGAUCUACCCCAGUUAAAUGUGAGACAGCUUUGUGAUACCAGUAAACUCGAGUUUAGCCCAAAGAUCAGCACACGUCUCUUCGUGAUACAGGCCUUCUGAGCAGAUGUGACGGUGAGCCGGCACAGCUCCGUUAGCACAGCUCCGUUAGCUCAGCUCCGUUAGCUCAGCUCCUGUCUGGUUUAAUCUAGAGAACUAAUUUAGCUUCCAACAGUCGACAGGGACUUUUUUGUCGUUGGUCGUCCUGCCCUUGUAAAAUCUGCACGGCUGAUUGUGACAUGAUCUGCUCAGCCUCCCUGUUCAAACUCCUGUAUAUAUAGACCUGGAUUUGGUGCUUAGCAUCCAUCAGCUGUGCUGCACUGCCAACACAGUCUGAGGUGUGUCCUCAUUGGUGCAGUAGUUUCAAUAAGAGAUGGUGCAACAACUCUGCACUCCCAACAUUCACUGUUCAAACUCUAUACGUGUGUCUGGACACAAAGCUGGACCCAGUCUCCCACUGUCUCUCUGUUGUUAAGUUGUAUUUUACAAACACACACACACACACACACUCGCUCAGCUGUGCUGUUUGUGUGCAUUUCCAUCCAAACACCUGAUUGGGUGACGGUGCAACGCUACACCUCUGUGAAACCAAUCAGGUCAGGUGUGCUAAGAAUGACUGUCAGUGUGUGUGUCUGUGUGUGUGUGAGUAACAAAACAUCUGAUUACUAGUCUACACACACACACACACACACCAAAUGUAUAAAGUUAUCCCGUUCUACACAGCAAUGCUGGCUCCUGCCAAUAGUGGCUUUAUGUGUAUAUUAGCUCACCAGGUUGCGGCCAAGGGUGUAUAAAAACAGCUAGUUCAUAGCGUGUACCUGCGCUGUGCCUUGGCACCGAGGGGGAGCUCAUGUGUGAGUGUGUUGUAAAACCCAUCUGUAAGUAAACCAAAUAUCAUUUUCACUAUGCAGUCAUUCAAACCAUGUCAGCUUGCUUCGAUGGGGAUAAAAAAGCCUCCUGUACAUACACAGAUUUACGGAUAAACUGGAGUCAGCGACAGUGUGUUUUUCUUUUCGAGCCUCCUCCCUCCCAGUGUGAUUUAAACAUCACCGCCUUCAGCUAGUUCACAGAGAAAAGAGAGAGCGAGAGCAAGAGAUAUGUUUUGAAUGAGCUGACAAAUAUUUAAGGAUUGUAUUGGGGUCGGGGAGGGAGGUUAGACCGGGGUUUGUAGUUUGGGGGAGAUACAGAUCAAUGCUGUAAAGUAUAUCAAUUGCAUGUUAUUGUCACCGUUGUAACUGCCAUUGUUUUGUUGUUUUUUGUUUGUUUUGUUUUUUUCUUCUAAGACAACGGUUGGUUGGGGCGGGGAUGCACAAAACUUUAUCCUUAUUUAUAAUUUUUACACAUAUAGUCUGUAUGUUUGUUUUGAAAAUUAUUGUGUACGUAGGAAAAGACACUUGUUUUUGCCUUCUUUUUUUUUUUUUUUUUUUUUAAAGAAAAAUGUCAACUUUGCAAUAUUUGUUUUCACUUUGGACCCAUCACUCGUCGUCGAGGAGGAGCUGUAUCAUUAUUAGCCGACAGUGUUUGUUAGAAAACGUCCUGUUUCCCCUCAUCCGUGUGUCUUUCUUUCAGUUAGCUGUGUGCGCGAGCGGAGAGAGCGUGUGUGAUGUUUAUUCGUCUACCAAAAGUCUUUAUUGAUGGUGAUUAUUAUUAGCUUUUAUUUUUGUCCGUUGUUUUUUUUUUAUUAUUAUGAUUACUGUUUUUAUUAUUACUAUUUUUGUUGUUACUAUUAUUAUUAUUAUUAUUAUUAUUAUUCAGGGCAAAGAUGACACCAAAUUGAACAAAGAAAUAAAUAGGUGACCGUGCUGAGAGCUGGACGGGUUUCUUUUACUGGCGAGGUGGAGCAAUCGUCUUUCUCACCGUUACGCUGUAGUGUCUGUCCACCUUAUUUAAACCGCCACGUAAAGAUAACCUCUGAACUGAAAGUCUAAUAGUAUUUUUUUAUUAUUAUUAUUAUUAUUAUAUAUUGUUUUCCUUUGAUCAGAUAUCAUGAUCGAUUUCUUGUUACCCCAGUUUGGGUCAUAAAUUGUGUGCUGUUAUUUAAUUUCUUCUUCUUCAUCCCUGCCCACUGCUUUGUUUUUUAUUCUAUUUUUUAUUCCUUCUGGUUUGUCUGAUGCUGUAGUAGUGAGCUGAUUGGUCAAACACCAGAGUGUUUUUUGUUUUUUUUUCCUAAUGCUGAGACUGUCGUGACUGAUGUUGCACUUGUGAUGGGUUUUAUUUUGUUUUGUUUUGCGUUGCAGAUUUUGGGAUUGUUGUGCAGAGAGGAGAAUAUCGGGUGUUUUCCUUAUUUUCUUUUUUAAGUCACAGCAGUUAUUUUUUAUCAAUCAUAGAUCUGUGACACAGAGCAAGAAAAUGAUUCAACAGUGUAUUUUUUUCACUGAUAUUUAUUUAUUGGUCAAUUGUAUGUGUUUUUUUUUUUGUUUGGUUUAUUUUGUUUUUAUGUGUAUUGCUUUUUUGUGGAGGGCAAACAGGACUCAAGGUAGAGGAGUAUAGUCUCUCAUUGGCGUUUUACAUUGUGUACAGAAAGCUAAAUAUUGUAUUCAACCAUCACACUAACGUACAGUCUAUAAAGUAACAUAGAAACCGACGGCACAGUAAGGUGCACUGUUUUCUGGCUUUACUGUGACUGUCAGACUUAUUUUGUUUACUGUUUACCCUCUCAAGAAGGCCCCAACAAACAAACUGCUCCUGGUUCAGAGUCGCCACGGCAUGGUGUAUUUGAACUCUAGUGCUUUGCUAAAUAACUCACAGUUAAAGCUUGUAUUGUUUGAAACUUUGAUGGUUUUUAAUCUGAAUGCCAGCUAUACAAAGCAGACUAGAUUUGUGUUUUUACGUUUAAGGUAUUCCAGCUGAUGAUAACUACUACGAUAGUGGACUGAUUGGCUUGUUAUUAACCUGCCCUCCCCGUUAGCGAAGUGGGACACGCCUGCUGUGAGAUAUCAUUGAGGUUUGUUGCUUGUUUUUUUUUCUAAAUGCAGUCUAGAUUGCAUGACUUUGCUAGUCCGCAGGGUGGGGGGGAGGAGGAGUUGCAGUUCAAAAGGCUUCCUGUAUGUACGACACCGUGGAUUUAUUGUCUCGACAGUUGUAUCAAUCGACACAGCUUUACUGCCUGUUUCCUUUUUUAUUUGUUUUCUCUUUUUGUUUUGUUUUUUGGCUGUAUUUUAUCUUCCCCCCCUCCCGUUCCCCCCCCAGUCUCAUUUCAAACAGAAUAAAUGCCAUUAUAUUGUGAAUACCUCAGGAUUUUUUUGGAGAAAAAAAACAAUAAAACACUUAAAAAUCAAAUAAAUAAAUAAAUAAAAACUCAUAAAAAGU